UUCGGCAACCCGUACGCAGUGCGUGUAAGGGGAAACGAUACAAUACAUCAUGGCGUAUUGUAGUAAGGCAAACCAGCAAUUCCUGCAUUGUAACAUUCCCAUGUAUUUAGAAAGCUCGAGUAAGGAGAGCUCUCGCACCCAAUCAAUGGCAGAUCCCCAAAUUCCCUAUCACAUGCCGAAGGUCAUCACCUUCCUCUCAUCUCUACUGCAAAGGGAAGCCGAAUCCAACGAUCUAGACCGUCCGUUCCGACCGCAGAGGAUCUCUGUUUUCCAUGGCCUCACGAAGCCCAGCAUCUCCGUACAGAGCUACCUGGAGAGGAUCUUUAAGUACGCAAACUGCAGUCCGUCGUGCUUCAUCGUUGCAUACGUUUAUCUCAGUCGCUUCGCACACCGGCAACCGUCGUUGCCUGUCGAUUCUUUCAACGUUCAUCGGCUCCUGAUCACCAGCGUCAUGGUUGCUGCGAAAUUCAUGGAUGACAUAUGCUACAACAACGCCUAUUAUGCAAAAGUGGGAGGAAUCAGCACAAGGGAGAUGAACUUUCUUGAAAUGGAUUUCCUUUUUGGUGUGGGAUUUCACUUAAACGUCACACCAUCCACCUUCCUUUCCUACUCAUCUUAUCUUCACCGUCAGAUGCUACUGUUGGAACCUCCUCUAAUUACCACCCCUGCCACUCCCGCUUUAAAGGCCCAGUGCUACUUUUCCGAGGACGAUGCUCCCCCUCAUAAGCAACAGCUAGCUGUUUGAACUGUGGCCACAUUGUCAUUCUGAGAGUUAUUUAAUGUACUCUGGCAAAGUAUCAUGGUUCAUGUGCGCGCACCCCAAAGUUGUUCACUCGCAUGUAACUCAAGCUAAAGCGUCUACAUAGUGGGUCCCCUUUUAGAUAUGUCAUAAACCCAUAAUCGGAUUGAUAGAAUUAUUUUAGUGGCUGCAAUUCAACUGUC